AAAAAAAACAAUUCAAAUAUCAAAAUUUAUAUUCCUCCACAGCCAUUACUAGCCAACCACCGCACGAAUGGCCGCUUCCAUCGCCACCCCGAAGCUCACCGCCACCUUCUCCGCCGCGCCGUCCCUCCAAACCCUCCGCCGGAAGCUCUCGACCCCUCUCUCCCGCUCCCUCUCUCUCCUGCCCCCUUCGGCUCCGCGGACCCUCGACCUCGACCUCGGCCUCCGCUCCCCCACCAAGCCCCGGCCCCGCCGCCGCCGGCUCUCCGUCGAGGCCGCCGAGCCCGACAACGGGGCCGAGACCGCCCGCCACUACGACUUCGACCUCUUCACCGUCGGCGCCGGGAGCGGCGGCGUCCGUGCCUCCCGCUUCGCCGCCAAUUUCGGCGCCUCCGUCGCCGUCUGCGAGCUCCCGUUCUCCACCAUCUCCUCCGAGACCGCCGGAGGCGUCGGCGGAACAUGCGUACUUCGAGGUUGUGUACCCAAGAAGUUACUUGUUUAUGCAUCCAAAUAUUCUCAUGAAUUUGAUGAGAGUCAUGGAUUUGGAUGGACGUAUGAUGCUGAGCCUAGGCAUGAUUGGAGCACCUUAAUGGCUAACAAAAAUGCUGAGUUGCAACGACUCAUGGGUAUCUAUAAGAAUAUACUAAGAAAUGCCGGCGUCACUCUAAUUGAAGGCCGUGGAAAGAUUGUGGACCCUCACACAAUUGACGUGGAUGGAAAGCUCUAUUCAGCUAGGCAUAUACUAGUUUCAGUGGGGGGACGCCCUUUUAUUCCCGAAAUUCCUGGCAAAGAAUAUGCAAUUGACUCAGAUGCAGCCCUUGAUCUGCCCUCAAAACCCGAGAAAGUCGCAAUUAUCGGGGGUGGCUACAUUGCUCUUGAAUUUGCUGGUAUCUUCAAUGGGUUGUCUAGUGAUGUCCACGUAUUUAUACGGCAAAAGAAGGUUUUGAGAGGGUUUGAUGAAGAGGUCAGGGAUUUUGUGGCUGAGCAGAUGUCCCUACGAGGAAUUGAGUUCCACACUGAGGAGUCACCUCAAGCCAUCCAAAAGUUGCCUGAUGGUUCACUGUCCCUUAAGACCAAUAAAGGAACAAUAGAAGGUUUUUCACAUAUUAUGUUUGCUACAGGACGACGGCCUAAUACAAAGAAUUUAGGAUUAGAGACGGUUGGAGUAAAGAUGACCAAGAACGGAGCUAUAGAGGUCGAUGAAUUUUCCCGAACAUCAGUUCCGUCCAUCUGGGCGGUAGGGGAUGUUACUGACAGAAUUAACUUGACCCCAGUCGCUUUGAUGGAGGGAGGGGCAUUGGCAAAGACUAUAUUUUUUAAUGAGCCAACAAAGCCUGAUUACAGAGCUGUUCCAUCUGCUGUGUUCUCCCAGCCACCUAUUGGACAAGUUGGUCUCACUGAAGAACAGGCUAUUCAAGAGUACGGCGACGUUGAUAUAUUCACAGCAAAUUUCAGGCCUUUGAAGGCAACUCUCUCUGGGCUCCCUGACCGUGUUUUUAUGAAGUUCAUUGUCUGUGCAAAAACAAACAGAGUCCUUGGGUUGCAUAUGUGCGGGGAAGAUUCUCCGGAAACUGUACAGGGUUUUGCUGUCGCUGUGAAAGCUGGUUUGACCAAAGCAGACUUCGAUGCCACAGUGGGCAUUCACCCAACUUCUGCUGAGGAAUUUGUUACGAUGAGGACGCCCACUCGGAAGAUACGGAGGGGUCCUUCAUCAGAGGGAAAGAAGGACUCUGAUGCUAAAGCUGCAGCUGGGGUUUAGAAUGUAUAGGACUACUGGCAUAGCUAACAACAGAGUGGUCUCCCUUUAAUGCUGUUUGACGAUGUGAUAGGUUGCAUUCUUGACUAUGGACUGGUAAUACGCCACUUUGCAUGGGAGCAUCGUAUUUGAAGGGAUAUGUGGGAGGACAAGUUGACAGCCAGGUUCUAAGGACCAGCGCAAAUCUUGUGGCAUAAAAUGUUGUUACUGUGCAGUGAUCGAUGUGAUGCUGGUGAAUGUGAAAUAAACAGGAGGGCCAAAGAGCUAUCGUAUGGAUCUUCUAUACGGUCGUUCUCUUUGUUUUUAUUUUAUUCUCGCCUCGCUUGUUUAUCACUCUUUAGUCAUGUAUGAAAUAGCAAAGGAAGAGGUAAUUGUUAG